AUGGAGGCGGCGGGGCCGGAGCCGGGAGCCGGCGCGGGGCCGGAGCGGGGCGCGGAGGAGAUUGACAUGUCCCUGGAUGACAUCAUAAAGCGCCACAGGAAAGGACAAACCGGCGCAAAGUUAGUAGGGGACAAACGAAGGCAGCAAGUGAAGAACAGGAAUUCAGCAUAUGGAAAUGGGAGACCUGGGUUCCGUACCUGGAUGCAACGAAACCGGCAAGGACCCAAUCGAUUUAGAAGAGGGUUUGGACAGCAGCAGUAUAAUAGAAGACCAUUUAGAAGCGCCAUGGCUGGUCCGAGAAGAAGAGUAGCUGCCACAUUAAAUGGAGCGAGCCCUUUAAACCGGCAGGCUUUAGCUCAAGAGGGCAUCCAGCAUGAUGAGGUGCUUACAAAAAGCAGUGAGAGUGGACAGCCUGAAGCACAGAGACGGCUACCCCAGCGCCCCAAGAGAUUCAGAACAGCGGGAGUCCCUGGCCAAGCUCCAGCUACAAGGCCUUUCAUGCUAAACAGGAGACCAGCCUUCCAGCAGAGGCAACCCAAAGUCAGCUUUACCAGAGGGGUCAGUGUGCGACAGGCUCUUCAAACAGAACCACCCACAGAAGGGAAACAACCAUGGAUGAGAAGGUGGCAGCUGCAGCCCAGCUCUGGAGCAGUUCUAACCAUUUCUGUCUGUAAUCCUCAGGCAAGCCACACCAAUAUGCCGGGAGGCAAGCGGCCGUUCCUCAGAGGCCGAAGACCCCCACCAAGGACAGCCAAGCCCCAGCCCCGAGGAGUGCCACUAAGAUUCAACUUCCGUGCAAUGGCGAAUCAGACCAGCCUGACCUUGGACGAGAGAUUCUCCGGCCUGAGGAACAAGAGGCAUUUUACGGCAGCGAGGAACAGCAGCCGGACAGUCAUGCUGCCCUAG